CCACGUAUAAAUUAAGAUCAUUCGGCUUCGGAUGAGAUCGGUGUCCUCUGUUCUGUAGCAAACAGUGAAUCCGGAACCAUUUACCCUGACACAGGUCUCGUCUUAUAGCGAAGAAGCGAGACCCAGUUGUGCACGGAGGCCGCUCGCUCGUCUCGCUGCCCUCUCUCCUCUUCCUCCGAUCCCCUCACGCACAUGUCGAGCGAUGGGGAGCAGAAUCUGAUCCGUGCUUUGGAGGGACCAAGCUUCCUCGGCGAUCAUGAUUGAUCCGGCGGCCCAAGAUAAAAUGCAAGGAAACCGUGAGGCAUCCCCAGGAUGCCCUAAAGAUAAUGCAUCUCAUUCGAACUCUCAAGAAAGUGGAAAUGUUGUUCAACGGUUUCCUGAGCUAAAAGAUGGAAAGGAUUUACCUGUUUGUGAUUUUACAAAAGCAAAUAACUCAAUGAGUUGGGAGCCCUAUGCAAUACUAAAUCAAGGUUACAGUGGACCUUUCUACAGACAAGAAACACUUGCACUGCCAUUUCCCCAUCCUGAUUUUUUAAUGUUGCGGCAAGUCCAACUGAAUGCUUUUGAGAACAAUGUCUAUCCAGUAACCCGGGAUUAUCCAUUUCCUGUUGAAAACGGAUUUAGUUAUAUGCCACCAGUCAAGAUGUUUUCUCAAGUUCACCCACAUAAAUUUCAAAUUCAAGAAUUUCAGUACUUUGUAGUUAUUGACUUCGAGGCCACAUGUGACAAGGAAAGGAAUCCACAUCCACAGGAGAUCAUUGAGUUCCCAUCUGUCUUAGUCAACAGUGCAACUGGUCAACUAGAAGCUGUUUUUCAAACAUAUGUGCGGCCUGCAUAUCAUCAACAUCUUACUGAUUUCUGCAAGGAACUCACUGGGAUACAACAAAUUCAGGUAGACAGAGGUGUUCCUCUAAGUGAAGCUCUACUCAUGCAUGAUAAAUGGCUAGAAAAGAAAGGAAUCAAGCACAAAAACUUUGCUGUAGUGACAUGGUCUAACUGGGAUUGUCGUGUUAUGUUAGAAUCUGAAUGCAAAUUCAAAAGGAUCAGGAAGCCUCCCUAUUUUAACAGGUGGAUCAACUUAAAGGUUCCGUUUCAGGAAAUGUUUCAUGGUGUUCGCUGCAAUCUCAAGGAGGCUGUCCAGCUUGCCGGUUUGACAUGGGAGGGCCGUGCACACUGCGGCCUCGAUGAUGCUCGUAAUACUGCCCGCCUCCUCGUUCAUCUCAUGGAUAUGGGCUUUAAGUUCUCCAUCACCAAUUCCUUAAUGUCACAGACUUCAGAGUUCCCCCUUAAAUAUGAGACGUCACGAAAUAUUUUGUUAGAUCAAAACCAGCACACCCAAAAACCCAAAGAGCUGGUAGGUGCUCCUUUCCAGUUUCAUCCCUUUGUGAGCUCUGGUGGAAAGGAGAGGCAAAUGUUUUGCUACUGUGGGGUGUUGAGCAGCAAGUGUGUCGUCCGCAAGCCGGGACCAACCCAAGGCAGAUGCUUUUUUGGGUGCGGGAAUUGGACUGCUUCUAGGCGCGCUGUCUGUAACUACUUUGCAUGGGCAUCUCCCUGACGGAAGGGCAUAUGUUGGUUGGUUGAUGCUUAGAAGAAUCAUCUGUGUACAACAAGGAUGAGGGAUAACUUGGUCCUGUAACUUAAAGCAAUCAAUCAGGUGUUGGUGCUUGCCUAGGUGUGGCUCUUCAUGAUAUAUAUAAUCUAUAUCUAUAUAUAGCGCUAGAACUCUUUGUGUGUGUCAAUUGAAGGUCCUCUAGGUAGUAUCUAACCUUUGAUACUGACUUCUUGUUGAUAGAAGAUAAUAUGGGGGAUUGGAUGCUGCUUAGGAUAUCUUACCAUCUUUAAAUAAUAUCUAUGUCGUGGACCUUUUUCUUCC